CCAGAUACUUAGUUACAAACAGAAAGAUGCAGUGCCUGUCUCGCUCCAGCCUGCGGGCUCCCACCCUCAGCACCCGCGCUCGCGCGGCGCCUGUCCUCCGGCGCUCCGUGGUGAAGGUCGCCAACGUCGCUGCUAUCCCUGAGGCGCCCCAGCAGGACCGCUUCAAGCGCAACGCGGAUGGCACCUACGACCUGUCCGCGCCUCCUCCGUUCACUCUGCAAGACCUGCGCAACGCCAUCCCUGCUCACUGCUGGGAGAAGAACACCUUCCGCUCGAUGGCUCACCUGGCGCUGGACGUCGGCAUCGUGUUCGGCCUGGCUGCCGUGGCGUUCACCGUGAACCAGUGGUGGAUGUGGCCCCUGUACUGGGUUGCUCAGGGUACCAUGUUCUGGGCUCUGUUUGUGGUCGGCCACGACUGCGGCCACCAGUCUUUCUCAAACAACAAGGCCCUGAACGACUUCAUCGGCCACCUGACCCACUCGUCCAUCCUGGUGCCCUACCACGGCUGGCGCAUCAGCCACCGCACUCACCACGCCAACCACGGCCACGUUGAGAACGACGAGUCGUGGCACCCCGUGACCAAGAAGCUGUACGACCACCUGGAGCCCAUGGCCCGCGUCGGCCGCCUGUCGAUGCCCUGGGCGCUGUUCGCCUUCCCCUUCUACCUGUGGAAGCGCAGCCCCGGCAAGGAGGGCUCGCACUACGACCCCGAGUGCGACCUGUUCACCGCCGCUGAGCGCAACCAGGUGCUGACCACCAACGCCUACAUGCUGGGCAUGGUGGCGGUGCUGGCCGCCUGCACCAUCAAGCUGGGCCCCCUGGCCAUGUUCAACCUGUACCUGAUCCCCUACUGGAUCAACGUGGUGUGGCUGGACAUUGUGACCUACCUGCACCAUCACGGCUCGCACGACCAGAACGAGAAGAUGCCCUGGUACCGCGGCGAGGAGUGGAGCUACCUGCGCGGUGGCCUGACCACCAUCGACCGUGACUACGGCAUCUUCAACAAGAUCCACCACGACAUCGGCACCCACGUCGUGCACCACCUGUUCCCCCAGAUUCCCCACUACAACCUUGAGGAGGCUACCGAGGCCGUCAAGCCGGUGAUGGGCCCCUACUACCGCGAGCCCAUGAAGAGCCCCGGCCCCCUGCCCACCCACCUGGUGGAGCCCCUGAUCCGCUCGUUCACCAACGACCACUACGUGGCCGACAGUGGCGACAUCGUCUACUACCAGAAGGACCCCAACUUCCCCUCGGUGGGCAAGGCGGUUGCCGGCAAGGCCUAAACCGCCCCCUGGCGAUACCUCGUCCGGAGCUAGCGGGCAGCGGUGGACCUGCCGCGUUAUGGUAGUCCAUCUGUUUGUGGUGGUGGAUGUGGGCGCGCGAAUGUGCUCAGGCCUGUGGACGCUGCGCACCGCGCGUCCCGCAUCGCCGUUGUGAGUCUGUGAGUUUGUAGUAUCGGACUGCUGUGCACAGUUUUUGGGACAAUCGUUGAUCACGCUCGCCCGCCCAGUGCGGCUCCGCCGCGUUGGGCGCCUAGCGUCCAUGGAUGCGACCCGGAGGGCUCCCCUCCACGCGUGCUGCCUCGGGGUGGUCUGUUGCCGCCGCCCAGGGGACGUGCCACGUGGUCAGGCGCUGCUGCCAGCGUGGGAAAUGUCUACUGAAUGCAACGAGCUACACGGGGCAGGCAAAGCAAUUGGGGGAUACAUGUUCCGCAGCUCGAGAAGAAUCGUCUGAAGUACUGGGGGGUUCUUGACGUGCGGUAACCGUUUUCCGUUUGGCGUUGCGUGUGCCGGAUCGUCCCAAGGCUUCGUUGCGUGAGGUGCCCCUCGAAGGGUGUCAUCUUGCACAUGUAUCAAAAUUCUGAAUUUGAUUGCCCAUGUAUGGCGGCGUGAGCGUAUGUUGAUAGCGUUUGAGUGGUGAAGAAGUGUGUGCGGACCGAGAGUGACGAGUGCGCGAGAGGGAGGGUGGCAAGCGCUUGCUGUGGUUCUGUCCUUCAUGGGUCCCGGCUGCAAUUUUUGGGUGCAUGCGCGUGUGCUAGGGGCGAGCGUGACGUGAGGCUGCCAGCAGCUGUGAAGCGUAGUGGUGACGCAAUGAACUGACACGCAUUCCAAGUUAGACUCUGGCACGGCGACAGGCCUGGCCCGCAGGGCUGUGCAUGGUCGACACAUCAAUGCACCUGCCAGCUGCGUGUAAGGAAGAGAACUA